AUGGCUUGUCUAAAGAAGGAGGACAGAUUGCAGAGAUGUGGUUCUAGAGUCCAGAUGUGGGCUGCACAUUUUCUAGCACCAUCAGAGAUUUACUCCAAAGGUGGUGGUAGAAACUUGAUUACUUUCUAGGAAGACAAAAGUUUCCAAGGCUGUCACUAUGACUGUGACCGUGGCUGAGAUUUCCACAUGUCCCUGGAUCACUGCAACUCCAUUAGAGUGGACGGUGGCUCCUUGGGGAUGUAUGAAAGGCCGAGCUUUGCUGGGUUGUGCAUCCUAUCUCAGGGCGAAUCCUCUGAGCACCAACACUGGAAAGGCCUCUGACCUCUUAUUUCCUCCUGUGUUUUUCAGUCUAGUGGAGGGAAGUAAAAGACUCAGAUCUUUGAGAGGGGUCAGAUGAAUGAAACCAGUGAAGAUUGCCCUUCGACCUUGGUCUAUUCUUGCAAAAGUGGCCCAGCUCUGGUUCCUGGUACCCCGGUGAUCCCUGGACCACAGUUCUCUUUCAUCACCAUCAUCAUCAUCAUCAUCAUCAUCAUCAUCAAUCAGAGUAGGCUGGAUUCCACCUUAAGGCUCAUUGUGCCCACCACUGCCUCAGAGAGAGAUGAGAAGGGGAUGGUUUUUUCAGUCACCCCUAUUUCUACAAGGGUCUUUUGA